AUGUCAGAGCGCGACCGACGCGAGCGAGAGAGGGAUAGGGACCGCGAACGCGACCGUGAUAGACGCCGAGAUAGAGACGACCGUGACCGUGACCGUGAUCGAGACCGGGAAAGAGAUAGAGAGAGGGACCGUGACCGUGACCGUGACCGUGACAGAGGGAUUAGGAGCAAGAAGUCCCGAUCUCGAACUCCAGACCACUACGCUCGUCCUCCUCGCCACGCGCGCUCUCCGGAGAGGAACCGUUCUCGUUCCCGCUCGAUUGACCGUCAUCGGCACCACAGGCGCAGGACUCCCUCUCCCGAUGCGCCGUCGCGGAAACGGCCUCGCCAGGGUUCAGUGGACGAUGACAGGGAAAGGAGACUUGAGCUUUUAGACUUGUUGGCUGCAUUGAAGAUGAAUCAUGAACAUACACAGGUCCAGGCUCAGCACUUUGUUGCUCUGUGUCUAGGUCCUUCUCAAGCUGUCUUAAAACACGAGUCAAAAGGAGGAGGGUUCGAGCUGCUUUUCGCAGGUAGUAUUUACUGCAAUUUCUUCCCCAGACUCUGUUCUAAUGUCUUUAGAGGAACAAACUUGUACUCUCUGAAUUUAGAAACAUCUCAAUGACUCAUCUCUUCUUCUGGGUUCAGAAUGGUUAUUGUUUUGUGUGUAAUCUCCCGGCUCUAACUUUCAGACUAUUCAUAUUGAGUUUUGCAAUAGACAUCAGAACCAAACCGAUAUUUGCGUACUUAGACCAUUGUUCCUCUAUUUUUUCCUUUAUAGAGGUGCACUUCUCUCCAA